CUUCAUCAAGACCAGCUCCAAGAUCAAGAUCUGUUUCUGUUUACGGAAACCGCUGGACGGAAAACACUCUUGGCGGUAAAUUCAUUAUUCCACGCGCGAAUGAUCGUAGGCAUUCCGAGCGAAUGGUUUUGAGCUAUUUCCGUCUUCGGGGAUCGAUUUUACAUCUCUGCCGCCGUGUUUCAACCGGUGAAGUGGUAAUGGAAGCUGGAAAAAGAGCUGCAGCGAGAUAUGCUGUGGACACAUAUGUAAAGGGUAAUCAAGCACUAGGAAUAGGCUCUGGAUCAACAAUAGUAUAUGCAGUCGAACGUAUUGCUGAAAGAGUGAAAGAUGAAAAGCUGCAUUUACUUUGUGUUCCAUCAUCAUUCCAAGCCCAGCAGCUGAUCACACAACACAACCUGACGCUUAGUGAUCUUGACAGAACACCUGAGUUAGACGUUGCUAUUGAUGGAGCUGAUGAUGUGGAUAGCAACUUAAGUGCCAUUAAAGGAGGAGGAGGCUGUUUAACCCAAGAGAAGAUAGUAGCAUCUUGUGCUAAACAAUUUAUUAUCAUUGCAGAUGACAGAAAAGAUUCUAAGCAGCUUGGUGAAGCAUUCAAGAAGGGAAUUCCAGUUGAAGUGAUCCCUAUGGCAUAUGUACCUGUGAUGAAAAAAAUAGAGAAACUUGGGCUUAAACCAAUCCUUAGAAUGGCACGAGCUAAAGCAGGUCCUGUGGUGACUGAUAAUAGCAAUUUCAUCAUUGAUUGCCAGUUUGACAAGGUUUAUGACUGGAAAGAACUAAAUACGCAAUUGAAUUUAAUACCAGGGGUGGUAGAGACGGGGCUGUUUGUUGGUAUGGCGGAAUGUGCCAUAUUUGGAAAACCGGAUGGCACGAUCACUAAAAGAUAGCUUGGCAUUUUCUGAUUCAAACACACUUGCUGGACAACGCCACGCAAGUGCAUAUGGACAAACGUUUUUUUUCGUCGAUGUAAGGCACUUUUGUUUUUUAUAAGGCAAAGUCUGUGAAUUUUUCAUAAUACUGCUACCUGUAGAGCAAUUUACUGUGCCGAAUAAUACUUUUUAGCUUGCAAUGCCGGUAGGUUUUUGGACGCUCGAUGAAAACAGAGGCAGCAGGUCCUAGGAAACCAACUUCGGAACUUUGAUAGGAACCUCCUGGAGGUUCCGCCGCAUGGUUUUUGCGGUUCUGCCACCUGGCGCAUCAAAGGGCAAACAAAAGUUGCAGUUCGGCAUGCUAUGAACUUUUAUUGAGGGGAGGUGGUGAAAAAGCAUGCGCUAUUUAAGUUGAGAGUCGCUCAUUUUUGAAUGCAUUUUUGAUGUCAACCCCUCUAGCCGGGAAAGGCCCAGGUAAAGGCAAUGUAGAGGCGGUUAUUUAGCGGUGAAUGUUAUAUUUAAAGGGAAGCCUCGACGUGAUUACACACUCAAUGGUAGCCAUUAAAACAACAAACAAACAAGUGAAAACAGAUAAAAAGAUACUAAAAGUGCUUCAUGUAGUCAAUGUAUUGGACUCCGAAUCAGAAUACAGAAUGUCUAAGGUUCACUUCGGGAAUUACUCCGUCAUUUUUCUCUAGCUGCGUUCAUAGAAAGUGAAUAAACAUCUUUUUUCUUUCGACGAACAAGCUCGAUGUUUAGCAUCUUUCUUCACCCAGGUAAAACUAUAGCCUUGCUUGCUGUGUGCUUGUCCUUUGUGUUUUAAAAUGGUGAUUGAAAUGAGAGGAGCGCAAUCUGGUCCGAAAUAAUCACAUGCGUGAUUUGAAAUCGUAACAUGAUUUCAGAUUAAACUGCAUUACUCGAAGUUCGAUUGCUACACUAUUCAAUCCAUUUUGUGUAGUACAAAAGGAAAAUAUGUCUCGUUGUUUAACCAAAAGUAAAGAUGAAUCAGACGAAACAGGAAACUCGUAUUAUUUCGAGGAAAACAGUUGUCAACCAAGCGAUGGCUUUUAAUUUUCGCAUGAACCUAACCCGCCUGCCCCGCGGGGGUAGAAAACGAAGAAAAUGAAUUAUUAUUGUUGAAACUUUACGAAAAACCCGAGAAAAGAUGCGACGCGUUUAAAAUUUAAUUGCCUGCAUACAUGAUUUUAGUCGGUACAAAUAUCUCG